AUGGUUAGGUGGUACUUGGAUGAUGAUGAUGAUGAUGAUGAUGAUGAUGAUUAUGAGGAAGAGCAGGAAGUUGAUAUGCUUAAGCCAGAAAGAUUGCUUCAUAGAAUAGAUCAAGGUGCUGGAUGGCAUCAUGUUCAGCAGCUUAUGCACGGUUCAGAUCAACAGUGUUAUGAUAUUCUUCGCAUGCAUCAGAGGACAUUCCAAGAUUUGUGUAGGAUGUUAGCAACAAGAUAUGGGUUAAAAGAGAUGAACAAUGUCUAUAUUGAAGAAGCGGUUGCAAUGUUCCUUGAAGUGGUGGGUCAAAAUAAGACAGUACGGGUUAUUGCACAAACAUAUCAGCGUUCGUUGGAUACGGUCAAAAGAAAACUUGGUGAAGUUUUGAGUGUUCUCUUGAAAUUUGCUGCAGAUGCACUAAAACCAGAAGAUGGUGAGUUCACAAGAGUAUGUCCUGCUUUAGGAAAUGAUGAUCGAUACUGGCCAUUUUUUAAAGAUUGUAUUGGAGCAUUGGAUGGAACUCAUAUCUCAGUUUGCCCUCCUAAAGGAAAUGCAGAAGCAUACAAGGGUAGAAAACAUGUGCCAACCAUGAAUGUCGUUGCUAUAUGUAACUUUGAUAUGAAAUUCAUAUAUGCUUAUGUGGGGGUACCGGGUAGAGUCCAUGACACAAAGGUAUUGACUUAUUGUGCGAGGAAUGAGCCCUUUUUUCCACAUCCGUCAAAUGGAAAAUAUUAUGUGGUUGAUGUUGGAUAUCCCACAAGAACAGGGUAUCUUGGUCCGUAUCGUAAAGUUUGGUAUCAUCUUGAUCAGUUCAACAGAGGAGGACCACCAACAAACACUCGAGAGGUGUUCAACCGGAAACAUUCAAGCUUACGAUCAGUGAUUGAGCGGACAUUUGGAGUGUGGAAAGCAAAAUGGAGAAUUCUUGACCGUGGGCAUCCUAAAUAUGGUUUGAUCAAAUGGAUGAAGCUAGUAACAGCAACAAUGGCUCUAAACAACUUCAUACGUGAUUCACAUCGAGAAGAUAAUGAUUUUGUGCAUUGGGAGAGAAGAGAAGAAUAUCAUACUCAUGGUGAUAAUGAAGUUGAAGAUGAUGAAGACGAAGAAGAAGAUGGUGAUGGUUAUGAUGGACAUAUUCCAUAUAAUCCGACUGGUGACAGAGCCAUGGAAAUUUUACGUGAUCAUAUUACUAGUGAGUUGAGUAGAGGAUAUCGAUUGCCUUAUUAG